UUCUGGUCCCCUCUCCUCCCUUAUCCGUACACCAAGAUGGCGACCUCUCUUCUAACUCUUCUUAGGCGGCUCUCGGGCCUCACACCUGUCAGAGGUGUCCAUUGGGUGCAGGCUACUUCCCGGGCACUAUGCACCAAAGCUUCCCCUGAGGAAGAAUCUUCCAUUCCUGUCUCCCUCUAUCAGGAUGCUCCCUGGGAAUAUCUGGAAACAGAAGAAUACCUAGCUCGAUAUGGCUCCCGUCCAGUCUGGGCUGACUAUCGACGAAACCACAAAGGUGGCAUACCACCACAGCGAACCCGAAAGACAUGCAUUCGAGGGAACAAAGUUGCUGGGAACCCUUGCCCCAUCUGCCGAGAUCAGAAGCUCCAUGUGGACUUUAGAAAUGUGAAGCUCUUGGAGCAGUUUGUCUGUGCUCACACAGGUGUCAUCUUCCAUGCCCCAUAUACAGGUGUCUGUAUGAAGCAGCAUAAGAAGCUGACCGAGGCCAUCCUGAAGGCCAGAGACCAUGGUUUUCUCAGUUACCACAUCCCACUGGUACAGCCACGGGAUACUGAUUUCAGCAACUCCCAUGGAGCUGUGGGCUGUACCCCAGUGGCGCCUGCAGUAGCUACAGGUACCUCCUGGUAUCCAUGGUACAAUUGGCAGCAGCCACCUGAGAGAGAGCUGGCCCGGCUUCGACGUCUAUAUCAAGGCCACCUUAAGGAAGAGAGUGGACCCCCACCAGAUAUGAUACCCAUAGUUCCAUCUCAAACUAACAUUCUCACUGAGGGAGAGGAAUACAGGAGUGUCCAGUAGAAAGGAAGUGAUAGAUGUACUCUGGUGCUCCAGAGCUUAAGGGAUGGAUGUUACAAAGUCCUGUUGCCUAAACUGAACUGGUCCUUAUCCCUACCAUUUUUAGAAAUGGGUAGGAUAGUGGCAAGCUCUUGACAUAGAGGAAAGGAGAAAACAGGGAGAAGGUAAAAUGAAGUGUGCCUGAAUAAGUGUUUUUGGUCGAUUUCCCUUUAUGCUGCAAACACCUCGCCCCCCCCCCCACCUUAUUCUUAAGUUGUAGGGAUUGGGGGUGCCUAACUUGUCAAGUCAACCCUUUAUAAUAAAAAUUCUUUUAUUAUA